AUGUCUGAAAAGAAGGGAGCCAAGAAAGGCGAAGAGAAUCCCGCAGUUGAAAUACCACAAGAGCUAUCCGGCGAGCUUUUGGAAGCAAAAGUCAGGGAUUUGAACGACAAGCUCUUGCGCUACAAGGCAAAAUGUGAAACGCUGACAAACGAGAUUGAAGUUCUGGGUAAAGCCCAAGGCAAGAUUAUUGCUGACAAGCAAGACAUUGUGGAAUUCUUAAACAUCAAAGUAGUCGAGCACGAAAAGCACAUUGGAGCACUUGAACAGCGUGUUCGAGAGUUACAGAAUGAAAAGAAGGAGGCUGUUGAAGCCGCCCGGAUGGAAGCUGAAGAAACAGCUAUAGUGACUAGAGCUGAAAUCGACCACUUCCAAAUGCUGAGUGCUAAAUACAAGACAGAUCUUGAUUCCUUGCUGGAGUUCAAGAGUAGAAAGGAUGAGCUCGAGUCUGUGCUCAAGGCCACACAAACUAAACUGGAUACGCGAGAACGAGAAUUUAAGAAUUCUGUCCAUGAGUUGGAGCGGAAGGUGUUGCAAGACAAAAACAUGAUGAAAAAUGAAAUGCUGCAUAAAGUAAAUGAUGCCGUAUCCAACUUCAGGAGAGUAGCAGAUCAACAAAUGGCUGAGACAACGAAACGAGCCAUUCGGGAAAACAUGGUGAUUACCUCCCAGCUCAAAAAGAUGUCUUCCAGGACGAUUGAAUUCAUAGCAGAGAACGAGUCUUUGACUGCUAAAGUGCAACAGCUGAAGACAUCCAAUGCUCUGCUAAGUGAAUCUGAACAAGAGCUGGCUCGCAAGAAUCAAGCGAAUCAAAAAGUGAUUCAGUUACUAGUUGAGAAACUCAAAGGUGCAAACUAUUGGUGCUUGUGGCUUGCUGUAUUUAGCUCUGACAUCUCUCCUUUACAAAUAACAGAGAGUGAUAGAAUGCUCGAACUGGCUUGCGACAUCCAAACCGCUCAAAAGGAACUUGCAGACCAAAAGGAAGAGAAUGGAAAAGCACCAGACAGUAUCGGAGAAGACCUAUUCAGUGUAGUCGAUGAGCUACUAAAGCUCUUCUACCAUGACAAUGAUGGCCGAAUUGAUCGUGAGAUGAUACCACGCCUGAUGCAGAUACGCGAUGCUUUACUGGAUUGUGGAUUUGGUAGUUUGGCUAGUACCACAUCCCUUCUUGCAACCACGGGAGUAGCAUCUCGACAAGCCCUUCAGCAAGCCAUAACUGCUAGUCUCGACCACAGCAACGUCGUGUUUAAAUCAACGGAAAGCCCACUUGGUUCACUGCUUGAGUUGGCUCACGCACAAGAACCAGUCAAGAGUGUUGAACCCGAUAUUGCUGCUCCUGCUGAUGCUGCCAAGCAAAGCAAAUCCCCAGUAGCCGUCAACCCUGCCUCCAAUGUUGUCGCCGUACCACCAAUUCCACAUACGACUAGUGUGGUUGCCGUCCCACACGUUGACCAACCCAAGCAUUCAAGACCACCGAUGCCUCGCAAAAAGGAACAAGCUGCUGAUUUCAUCAAGAAUGAAACUCUAUUAGCAGAUGUUAGAAGCUGGGGGGCGGUUGCUAAAACUCAGCCCAAAAGGAAGAGUUCCUUGUUUGUCAGACAUACCUAA